CAAGGGGGAACAUAACUUUAUUUAGGCUUACUAACAUCGUGAAUUGUAUUCUUAGUAAUCAUCUCCCUAUCGAUCAGAAUGAAAACUUACAGAAUCAAAUCCUACUUUCUUCUACCAUUUGAAUUUCAGUAGUCUGUUAGAAAACUGAAAUACGACACCUGGCAAUUUUCGUUACUUAUUCAGCCCGUCUCUCUCCACCCCUCCUCUCUAAUGUCCCUACUGAAAAGCCGUGAAAUUCCUGAAGGUUUACGCUUUUGUUUCGAUUGUUUUGGCGCAAGAAUUCGUGGAUUUCUUGGAGAUGCUCAGCUACUAACCAGCUAUAACAUUAGGCUACUAAAGUACAUUUCCCACUGGUUGUAACUUCAAAGCCGCGUAAACAAGCUUCCCAUAAUCUUGCAGUUCAACACCCUUCUCCCGUUACAGUGAGCGAGAAGUUGAGAUAAAGGAACGGGGAAAGAAAAAAAGUGUGGAAACUCAGGAAGAAGGAAGGAGAAUAAAGGGAAACUAGGAAGAGUUUUCGCUCAAGGAAGAAGGGAAAGUUAUGUGGACACAAGAAUCCUCUCCCCCGGUUUGACAGCGCAAGAAGCUGUGAUUUCUACUCCCCUGGGAAAUUGACAACCAUCCAACCCAGAGCGCAGUGAAGUCUACACACGCUGGCACUCUCUCCUACUGACACAAGAGAUGGAGGGAGAGAAGGAGAGAGAGAGGGAGCAGGGAGAGGAGAAAGAGAGCGACGAGACGGAGGAAGAGGAGAAACAGAGCGACGAGGCUGAAGAGGAAGAUGAUGAAGAGGAUGAUGAUGAAGAUGCGGAGGGAGCUGCGUUGGUGUGGCAGGAGGGCUCAUACGGAGAGGAUGACCUGGGCCUACCCAUAAUGCAUUGGGAGGCGCUGAGCCUUCGCAUCGCAGAGCUGGAGAAACAGGAAGAGGAGAAGAGAGAGAAGAAAACAAAGUCUUCCAGUGUCCUUGAACGAGGUAAGAAAUUGUCAGCAAGCCGGCCGGAGGAGAGAGAGAGAGGGAAGACGCUGUCCAUGAACCGGCCAGGAGACAGGGAGCAAGGGAAGAGUAAGGAGAGCUGGGAGGACAGAGGCGAGGAGGACUGCAAUAGCCGCGUGACAGCCCUAACCUCGCGUCUUUCGAAUCAGAUGAACCUCCAGCUGUGCUUCAUCAAUGACAGCGGAAGCGAAGAAGAAGAUGAGGAUACUGGCAAAAAGGUUAGUGUGAAGAAUUCCAAAAUGGUUGGUAAGAGCGGUUCCAGUGUGCAGGUGCGCCAGCAGCCCAAGUUCCCUGCCCUCCCUGCAGCCAAGAGCAAAUCAUCAGGCUUCAAGGCUGCACUGAACGCGCUCAGAAACAAGCUGAGGACCGAGCAGAAACAGGAGAGCCCAGCUUGUUGUAAUCAGCUGUUGAAGAAUAGAAGGCUGGACCGAAGUGACCUGCAAGCCUUCAGUCUCAAAGAGCUCAACGCCCACCAAAACUCUCUCAACAAGGCUAUACAAGACCUUAGCACAGAGCUGGUGGUUCAUCUUCAGACUCGGGACCAGCUGAGGACAGAACAGGAUGCUAUGCUGCUGGAGGUACAGGAUAUGACAUCACUCUGACGUCACCUUAGAAUCACAUAUAGAACCCUGACCAAGAUGGCUGCCAUUAUCAGCACAAUCUAGAGCUAUGCAGGUCUAUGACAAGCCACUCUUGUGUAUUAUAUACUCUAUGGACGACACUUUCAGAAGGCCCAUCACCAUAGAAUCAUUCUAAUCAUUCUAAGUUCUACGGUCAUCGUCUAAUAAAAUGGAAUCCCGGUGUCAGAGAUCAGGUCACAGGUCACAUGACGGACACCGGUGCUUGAAAUUAAUGGACGAAUCAAAUCAAUGUGAAGAGACUGCAUCACUCCUAAAUACUUUUUUGGAUUGAAUUGCACAGCAUUUUGUUUUCAUUUCCCAGUGAGCAAAACUGGUUGAAAUGACGUCAUCACACCCAGUUUCACAUUUAUUAUGACAUCAUAUCAACCGGUUUUGCUCUGUGUUUUUUUUUUUUUGUGUUUUUAUAAAGGGAAACGUGUAUGUCUGGACUGUUAAUGUUGUUGUAUUGUAAGUGUUUUAGGGGGAAAAUAACGGUAAUAUUAUAAGGGAUUAAUAAGCUGCUAUUGCUACCCAUGGAUCAGUCUAGUUCAAAUGUCCAUUGUCAUCCACAUUUUGAAAUGCAAUGAUCGUUUGGUAGCACAUUAUUUGAACUAUGCGUCAUACGUUAUCAUAACAAAUGUCCGAAGAUUUCUUGUCCUUGAGCGUUACGACGUAGAGUUUGAAUAAAGUGUUACCGAUUGUUUUUUAAAAAAUUCUUGUUGCCGGGACACGUUUCAUUGUUUGUUUUGAUUUUUAUGUUGCCGGGACACAGCUAUGUCUUCUAUUCUCGUCGAUGUUUUAAUGUAUGUAUGAUGAUCGUUGAAUGAGUCAGUCAGAGAAAGGGGCAUUACUAAACCAAACAGACACACACACACACACACAGUAAUGUGAGCACAGCUCAACUCAAUGCCUUGGGUCUACUGAAAUAGCAGGGAAAGUAAAGGGUAUGGAAUACUAUAUUAACCUGCAUACUGUUGUAAUAUGACAACAAUGUACCUACCAGCCGACCGACAAGAUGCCUGACCAAGCCUCACUCAUUUGGUACUGUUGUCAUAAAACACCAACACAAGGCGCAUUGGGAUUUUGUCCGGGUUACAUGAGUUUGACGUCACUGUUGACGUUGUAUUAUUCUACAAUAAUUUUGCAUGAAAUAAACAGGUUGUCAAGGAUA